AUGGGUCUAUGGGUUCUCGAACCAAAGACCGGCGAAAAGGUGCCUGGGACCGUUCAUGUCGAUCGCGGGACAGAGCAGCAGCGAGUUCUUACUGCCAACCUCAAGCAUGGUAAAGGCAAAGAUGAAGGCAUCGUCUUAGUCCCUCAGCCGUCCGAUUCGUCCGACGAUCCUCUCAAUUGGCCGGAAAGCACGAAGAAUUUCCAUAGCUGGUUCCUCUCCAUCGGCACUGGGUUGGCGUCUGGAACAUGCUUUUUUCUGAGCCCGUCGGCUUCCUUCAUGGCGAAGGAGAUAGGAACGUCGGUAUCGCAGCUCUCUCGCAGCGUUAGCGUGCUCAUGCUGUGCAUGGGUAUCACAUCCAUCUUGACGACGCCCCUAGCCCGCAUCUACGGGAAGCGACCUGUAUUCCUAGGUCUCGGAAUUCUAGGAAUCGUUGGGUACAGCAUCGUCCUGGCCAGCCCAAAGGAUAUUCGAUAUAUAUAUGCCGGGCGCGCGUUAUGGGGCGCAGCGCAGAGCGGUCUCGAGUAUCUCGUUAGCUCCAGCGUCGGCGACCUAUUUUUCGUGCACCAGCGGGGCUUUCACCUCGCCCUCUGGCAUUUCGGCCUGGCGGGAGGUAAUUCUCUGGGCCAGGUCAUAGCGAGCCAGAUCGUGCAAGGGCAAGGGUACGCCUGGGCUUUCCGAUAUGCCGUUAUAUUCAUGUCGGCGUACAUUAUCCUGCUCUUCUUGUUCGCCCCCGAGACAACUUACACCCGCGCCAAGAAGUACGACACCGACAUGCACGAAGUCCUAUUCGACGAAGAGACCCAGGCCAGUAGCGCAGGAGGAAGUCUUGACGAGCCGGUUGAGAAAGCCGACUACUCCGUGAACGUUCUCGAUCCGGAAACGCCGGCUGACCGGACAGCAACCCGGAAGAAGUCGUGGGUGCAAGGUCUCAGGGUCUACAACGGCCACUUCAGCGACGAGAACUACUUCAAGGCCGUUCUCUCCCCAUUCGCCACGUUCCUGCUGCCCGGGGUGUCCUGGGCGGCGUACUCGUACGGCUGUGCCGUUGCUUUCUCCGCUGCGUUCUCCGUAACCUUAUCCCAGGUCUUCACAGUAGAGCCGUACAACUUCUCAACGAGCGCAGUGGGGCUGGUCGUGCUGUCGCCGCUCGUGGCGAACAUCCUCGGCAACUUCAUCCCCGGGCCGGCGGCGGACUGGAUCGUGAUCCACAUGUCGCGGAGGAACAACGGCGUGUACGAGCCCGAGUUCCGCAAUGUGCUGUGUGUGCCGGCGCUGCUGACGGGCUUGCUGGGGUACUGGGGGUUCGGACUGGCCAUCAACGCCAAGGCGCACUGGUUCGUGCCUGUGUUUUUCUUCGGCGUAGCUGCGUUCUCGGGCUCGAUCCUGUCGCUCAUCUCGAACACUUAUCUCCUGGAUUGCCACCGCAAGUACGCACAGGACGCGUACGCGGCGGUCACGCUACUCAAGGCGGUCAUGACCUUCGCCGUCGCCUUCUUCGUCAAUUCGUGGCUCGCCGACUCGGGGCCGAUCCAGGUCUACUUCGUGGUCGGGGCGAUUCACGGGGUCGGCUGCCUCUUCGGGUUCAUCCUGUACAUCUGGGGCAAACGGAUCCGACUAGCGGUGCACAAGAGUGAAUUCAUCCAGAACGCCCUUCGCUGGUGUGGGAAUAAGGGCUGA